UCUUUGGUCAAAUAAUUAUUGGAAUACUAUGCUUUCUUGGUGCUGUUUACUGUAAGCUGUCUUUGAUAACAAUUUUUCGUGGACUUGAUCCCACAGUGAUUGACCUUAAGGAACCUCCGUCCAACCAAAGCAGUUAAGGCUAUAAAAAUUGCUUCACCUUUAAGUUCAGCAAUCAAUUCAAAAAAAUCCCUUCAUCUUCUCUGUGUGUUGGUGUGAAACCAAAAUGGGAAGAGAUCUGUGGCUGUUUCUUGCCAUAACUGGCCUGUUUAGCAGCUUGGCAGUUGGAGACUGGAACAUCUUGAAUCAGAGGAGGAAGCCUGUAGAUGUGGGUGGCACCAACUUGAAGAAUUACUGUGAGAGUUGGAGGAUGAAUGUUGAGCUCAACAACAUAAGGGGAUUUGAUGUUGUCCCCCAAGAAUGCAUUGGGUACAUUGGAAAAUACAUGACAUCGACUCAAUAUAAGGUUGACAUCGAGAGGGCAGUCGAGCAAGUUGCACUCUAUCUAAGUAGCUGCUGCAGAUUUAAAGGUGAUGGCAAAGAUGCUUGGAUAUUUGACAUUGAUGACACUCUCUUGUCCACUGUUCCUUACUUCAAAAAACACAACUUCGGGGGGGAGGGACUGAAUGCAACCUCUUUGGAAGGAUGGAUGAGAGAGACCAAGGCGCCGGCUCUUGAGCACUCACUGAAACUCUUCCAUGAGAUAAGAGGCCAAGGGCUUAAGAUUUUUCUGAUCUCAACAAGAAGGGAAUGCCUUAGAGAUGCCACUGUUGACAAUCUCAUCAAGGUUGGAUAUCAUGGCUGGAGUAGUCUCAUUUUAAGGGGCCUGGAUGACGAGUAUAGAGAGGUUCAGAGCUACAAAGCUGAGGCGAGAAGACGACUAGUCAAUGAAGGGUACCACAUAUGGGGGAUCACUGGAGAUCAGUGGAGCAGUUUUGAUGGGCACCCUGUUGCAAAAAGAACAUUCAAGCUUCCAAACUGUUUGUACUAUGUUUCCUGAUGAACACUACUAUAAGUGUGUGUCUGUAUCUAGUAUGAAGCAGUAGAUAUUGGCAGUGGUGAUGCUGCUACAUGCUUGUCUAUGGCAAUUACUGAACUUAAAGCAAAGAAAAUCACCCUUCAGUUUUCCCUAUUAUCAGUGAGAUUGGUGAACAUUCUCCUGUGUUGUUAGAUAUGUAUGUACUAAGGCUAUGUCCAAGAUACAUUUCCAUUGAAGCUACAUGAAAUAAUUAAUCUCUGGUUU